GCAUAUGUGAUUUUUACUUCCUUUUGAAUUACUUAGCUUUAUCUUUUUCUUUUGUUUUUCAGUUCAUCUUUGUUUCUAACAUAUUCCUUGUUCUGUUUCGUUUGUAAUAUCAUCAUCUGUUCUGAAGUUUGAUUUUCGCAGAUGGGAUCUUUCUAGUUUUGUUUGUAUGUUUACUUUUAGUGGUGGCUGAUGCAGUAGUCAGUUUCUUUUAUUGACUUUCUCCUUAGACUUGAAUGAUUUUUUUGACUAGAAUACAGGUGUGCUUUUCUGUGGUUGGUUUGGCUCAGAUUUUAUAAGAAUCAUGGAAACUGUGGCUUAAUCUUGUUAAAUUAGGAAAGGAAAGAUUUCUGAUUGAAUUUCCUUAAUUCUGUUUUCUUGUCAACAUUUUUAUGUGAUUGUUUUACAUGAUAGUUCACUUACAUGACAAAGUGGUUCAGACAAAUAUGAAGAAAUGGCUGGGAAGUGUGUUACUGGGGUCCUUCUUGGUGAUGCUGAUAUUGAGAUAUGAUGUGAUGAUCAAAAACCCAUUUGGGAAGAAUUACCUUCAACGUAGUAUAACCGCUAAUGCGACUGAUCAUCCUCUUAAAUGGAUUCAACCUGCUGUUUCUCCAGCAGUUCAAAAUCCAGAACCUGCUAAUCAAGUAGUUCAUGCUGACAAGUUGGUCAAUGGGCUCUUUCUUGAGAGGAAUUUCUCUAAUGAAGUUCAAAGUUCUUUAUUGACAUGGAAUCAGAUGAAGCAUAUAGUUAACUAUACUAAAGGCUUGCCUAAUGCGCUAGAGGCUGUUAGAGAAGCUCGGGUUGCGUGGGAAAAUCUUUUGGAUGCGGUUGCCAAGAAGCAACAAAUUGAGGCUAAUGAAAGUGUGCUUGAUCAGAAUGUAAAGGAGAAACAAUGUCCGCAUUUCUUAAAUAAGAUGAAUCCCGCAGAUUUUGGAGAUAAAGGUUAUAAACUAAGAAUACCAUGCGGCCUUAUUCAAGGUUCUGCGAUCACUAUAAUUGGCAUUCCAGAUGGUCUUUUGGGAAGCUUCAGAAUCGAUUUGACAGGGGAACCAGUUCCAGGGGAGCCGGAUCCUCCUAUUGUUUUGCAUUACAAUGUCCGCCUCCGAGGUGAUAAGGAUACGGAGGAUCCUGUAAUUGUCCAAAACACAUGGACUGCUGCUCAUGAUUGGGGUGAAGAAGAGCGAUGCCCAUCUGCAGUUGUAGGAAAUAAUAAGAAAGUGGAUGAUUUGAAACAAUGCAAUGAUAAGGUGGGUAAAGUUGAUAGCCGGAGGUUUACAACCAAUGAAUCCUCAAUCAUUUCUGUAUGGUCAUCCGUGGCAGAAAACAGAACUAAAAGCAGGCAAUACUUUCCGUUUAAGAUAGGGUAUUUGUCUGUUAUGACGCUUCGAGUGGGAGAAGAAGGAUUUCAGAUGACUGUUGAUGGAAAGCAUAUAACAUCAUUUGCUCACCGUGAAGGUCUGGAACCAUGGCUUGUAAAUGAAGUUACGAUAUCUGGAGAUAUAAAGUUAACUUCUGUCCUUGCUAGUGGUUUACCUACAUCUGAGGACUUAGAGCACAUUAAUGAUUUGGAUGCCUUGAGAGUGGUUCCUUCUGCACCAUACCAGCCAUUAGACCUCUUUAUUGGUGUCUUUUCUACAGCAAACAACUUCAAGCGUCGGAUGGCUGUUCGCAGAACAUGGAUGCAAUAUCCAGCAGUGAAGUCAGGAGCAGUUGCAGUACGCUUUUUUGUUGGUCUGCAUAAGAACCAGAUAGUGAAUGAAGAACUCUGGAAUGAGAUAAACACAUAUGGAGACAUUCAACUGAUGCCUUUUGUUGACUAUUAUGGUCUUAUUACUUGGAAGACUGUAGCAAUCUGUAUUUUUGGGACACAGGCUGUUUCAGCCAAGCAUGUCAUGAAGACCGAUGAUGAUGCCUUUGUUCGUGUGGAUGAAGUGUUAGCUUCUAUAAGUAAAGAAAAUGUGAACCAUGGGUUGCUUUAUGGUCUUAUAAACUAUGAUGCUCAGCCUCAUCGGAACACUGAUAGUAAAUGGUAUAUCAGUCCUGAGGAAUAUCCUGGAAGUACUUACCCUCCUUGGGCACAUGGCCCUGGUUAUGUGGUAUCGCAUGACAUAGCUAAGGCUGUCUAUACAAUGCACAAAGAAGGCCGUUUACGAAUGUUUAAGCUGGAGGAUGUAGCAAUGGGGAUCUGGAUACUAGAUAUGAAAAGGGAAGGUUUGAAGGUACAUUACAUAAAUGAAGGGCGGGUCCACAUCGAAGGGUGCAAGGAUGGGUAUGUUGUUGCUCACUAUCAAAGCCCCAGAGAUUUGCUUUGCCUAUGGCAGAAGUUGCAAGAAGAGCGUGUUGCUAAAUGCUGCAGUUCAUAAGCUAAGCUACUAUAUCAGAAAAGCACAAGUUAAAAUUUUUGUUUGACUACAGUUUUUCUGCAAGAUCUUUAGAUUAAACUCGCAUGGAGAAAUCCUUUGGACGUUGUCGAAAACAAGGAUGCUCUUUUGAGGGAGACAGAGACGACGGGGGCAGAUAUUGAUUGUACAGCUUGAUUCUACAAAAAUUUCUGAAUGAUAUUUUAAUAUUUAUUGUCAUUAUUCUUUGGCAUAAAUCAUGCAUUUCUGAAUGUUGUCUUUCUUUUUUCUUCAGAAAAAGAAAUCUGUUGAAUACAACAUUAGCAUUUAAAGCACAGUCAAGGAGAUGACAAAU